AAAAAGGAGAUAUGUCGGCCUGGAGGAACAGGCCCUAGAGACACUGGAUGAGAUCCCUAUUACAGGGGGACUGUACCACACAUUUUCUGAUGAGGACGAUGAGCUGCCCUCAACUAAAGGGGACAUCAAAGCUCUCCUCUGCACCAUUUGCCAGCUGUUUGACGCGUACCUCGCAAUAGUGCGAGAAGAGAUUCACGCUGAAGAGGGCCCUGUGAAGGCAGUGGAGAAUACAGAAGACCAUACUGCACAUGACACCACAUUUGAGGCCACAACGACUGAACUUCACAGAGCUCAAAAACAGCUUGAGCAAAGCCUAGAUGACAUGGAAGACAGGCACAGGCACCUGAAAAUCAUGGACAUCCCUGAGAGCGUCAUCCCUACGGAGUCACCGCACUACUUUAGAAGACUGCUGGUAACCAUACUUACCUCACAGCAGGCCAAACAGCCUAUGGGGGACAGUGUAUUAUGCAUCCCUAAAGCGACAAGAGCACCAGCCGGUUCCCCAAGGGAUGUAUUCCUCCAAUUCCAAACAGUUCCUACCUAUUUGAAUAUGCUACCUUGA